AUGCAUCAACGUGCCCUUCUCUUCUCUGCCCUGCUGGGGGCUGUUCGCGCCCAGCAAGCGGGAACUCUCACGGAGGAAACCCAUCCUGCCUUGACCUGGCAGAAAUGCGAUUCUGAUGGCAGCUGCACGGAGCAGAGUGCUUCGGUUGUCAUUGACUCGAACUGGCGCUGGACCCAUUCGGUCAAUGACAGCACCAACUGCUACACUGGCAACACCUGGGAUGCAACUCUCUGUCCCGAUGAUGUUACCUGUGCUACCAACUGCGCUCUUGACGGUGCAGACUAUGAGUCCACCUAUGGUGUCACCACCGACGGUGACGCCUUGACGCUCAAGUUCGUCACCGGUUCCAAUGUCGGUUCGCGUCUGUAUCUCAUGGACACGGAGGACAAGGGCUACCAGACAUUCAACUUGUUGGACGCCGAGUUCACCUUUGACGUGGAUGUUUCCAACCUUCCUUGUGGCCUGAACGGCGCGUUGUAUUUCACUGCCAUGGACGCCGACGGUGGCACCUCCAGAUAUCCUGCGAACAAGGCCGGAGCCAAGUAUGGAACCGGAUACUGUGACUCUCAGUGCCCCAGAGACCUCAAGUUCAUCGACGGCCAAGCCAACGUCGAUGGCUGGGAGCCUUCGAGCAACAAUGCGAACACUGGUGUCGGCAACCACGGUUCUUGCUGCCCGGAGAUGGAUAUCUGGGAAGCCAACAAGAUCUCGACUGCGUUGACCCCCCAUCCCUGUGACAGCAGCACCCAGACCAUGUGUGAGGGCGACAACUGCGGUGGAACUUACUCCUCGGAUCGCUAUGGAGGAACUUGUGACCCGGACGGCUGUGACUUUAACCCCUACCGCAUGGGUAACACGUCGUUCUUUGGUCCCAGUAAGAUCAUCGACACCUCAUCCAAGAUGACGGUCGUGACCCAGUUCAUCACCGGGAGCUCCAACUCCCUCACCGAGAUUAAGCGCUACUACGUGCAGAACGGCAAUGUCGUGGCCAACGCCCAGUCGGACAUCAGCGGCGUUACUGGAAACUCGAUUACCUCGGACUUCUGCACCGCUCAGAAGGAAGCCUUUGGUGACACUGACGAGUUCUCUGCACACGGUGGCCUUUCCGGAGUGGGCGACGCACUGUCCUCCAUGGUCCUGAUCUUGAGUCUGUGGGAUGAUUACUAUGCCAGCAUGGAGUGGCUGGACAGCAACUAUCCCGAGAACGAGACCUCGACCACUCCGGGUGUUGCCCGCGGAACAUGCGAUGCGGACUCCGGUGUCCCCAAGACCGUCGAGGCGGACUACCCCAACUCUUCGGUGACGUUUUCCAACAUCAAGUUCGGACCCAUCAACUCCACCUUCAGCGCGUAA